AUCCAACCUAAAAUUUAAAACAUUUACUACUGUACAAGUCUUGGAGCCACCAACCAAAAAUGAUUCGUUUGGUUCUAGUUUCUUCUUUCAUUUUGAUCUUGGGUUCCUACGAAACCAAAGGUGCACCAAAUGACCUUCCACUCAAGAAUGACGAGACACGUCCUCCCUAUCGAUCGAUUGAAGGAAAAGAUCUUUUGGGUUUGGCUGGUGGUGCUAUGAUCUUUGCUGGUGGUGUUGUGAAAACUGCUGGGGUGGUUAACCUGGGUCUGGCGCCAUUAUAUUUUGCUCCACCAGUUGCUGCGGGAGUCUGCCUGACGUACGCAGUUGGUUCCUAUGAAGCCAAAGGUGCACCAAAUAACCUUUCACUCAAGAAUGACGAGACACGUCCUCCCUAUCGAUCAAUUGAAGGAAAAGAUCUUUUGGGUUUGGCUGGUGGUGCUAUGAUCUUUGCUGGUGGUGUUGUGAAAACUGCUGGGGUGGUUAACCUGGGUCUGGCGCCAUUAUAUUUUGCUCCACCAGUUGCUGCGGGAGUCUGCCUGACGUACUUAGUUGUGAGUUACGGAUUUAAAAAAACUAAGGAAGCUGCGGGUUACUUAACAGAAAAAGCUCAGGUAGCUGCGAGUUACGUAACAGAAAGAGCUCAGGAAGCUGCCGUAUCCGGAGUAAACGAUGAAAUAAGCAAGAAAUUGUCGUAAAAACAAGCAGAUGAAUUGAAUAGUGCCUUUUGGUGUGAAAAACUUAUGGCAUUAAAUUUUGAUUAGACAA